UCCAUUUUUUUUUUAAUUACCCAAAAAAAUUCACUCCAAUCAUAACAUCAACUAAUUAAGUAAUCAAUUUUCUGUUUAUUUUUUAAUUACCAAUUAAACCAAAAUUUGAAUAAUUAAUUAUUCAUUAUUUUUAAUUACUUUAAUUACUCAGCAUAUUAAUCAACGAAAGAAAAUCCCAGUAUACAUUGAGAAAUUAUUUGUUUUGACUAUUGUUACCAUGGAAUUUCAUACACGCACACAUACAUAUAUAUAAAUAUGUAUAUACUAUACUAAUACCAAAGGCAGGACACAAUAGCCGCGUACUUUAAUAUACUUUUGAAAUUUAUCAGAUUAUACCGUCAGUUAAAAUAUAAUUCUUGUUUUUAUUUACUUACGAUAAAUUUAUAUACUCAUUAUAUCAGUAUUUGUAAUUAUCAUUAUAUAUUAUACCAAAAUCUAUGAGUAACUCUGUAUAGUUUCAUAUAUUUAUCAUAUUUUUUUCUAACGUUCGUUUAAUUUUCAGUUUAGUUUAUUAUAUAAAUUAUAAAUUUAUGUUUAACAUAAAUAUUUAUUUAUAAUUAAUUAUUGUGAUAAUUAUUAAAUAUAAUAGUGCGUAUAUAUUUUUUUAAUUGUUUUAAAAAUGGAUUUUUGUACAAGUACGCCACUUGUUGUAGCCAAACAAAAUUCUUCGCGUAUUAAUAAUGAUAAUAAAUUGAAUCAAAAAUUAUUUAUAAAUAAUGCUGAUCAAAAUAAUAAUAAUGAUAAUAAUAAUAAUAACAAUAAUAAUAAUAAUAUAUUUUUUGAUGAGUACUGGGAAAAAAUAAAUGGCCCAAAAUUUGUAGAUUUUGCAAAUGGAAUUCCAGAGCCGCGUGAUUCAUUUUUUGAUGGACGCCAGUCGAUUUGUCCGACUCCAGUAAAAAAUGAAGAUUUUUUGGAAUUUAAAAAUAAUGAUCUUAUUAAUACAUUGGAAAAUUUUUCAUUGGGUUCAGAAAAUGAUGAUGACGUCGAAGACAUUACACUCAAAGCUGAUGCAACUUUAAAUGAAUUAAAUACUAAUGAGACGAGUGUAAUUAAUUGUGGGGAUAAGAGUAUUGAUAGAAGACUAUCACGUUUAUCAACGACACCCCAGCCAUUUAGUUUUGAAUCGCGUGAAAGAGACAAACAAGACCGGAAAUUAGCAAAGAAACAAUUUUUGCAGACAAAUGUCCACGAAAAACAAACGGGAUUCAAAGCGCGUCCGGCGCCAAAAUUCAAAAAUCCGAUAAAAAAUCCAAUAAAGCAAAUUAAGAAGGAGGAGAAGCGUCCAGUGCGGGAGGAAGUUCCUGUAGUAAAAAAUGAAGUCAAGUCGGCUCAGGAAUUUUUCAACUGGAAAAAAGAAACUAAACCUUUUGUGUGCAAAGGGUCAAUUAAAGAAGAAGUUAUAUCUCCGAUAAAUUUAUCCCCCGUUGAAAAAGUUGACAAAAGUGUUUCGUGUACAGUAGAAGAGUUGGAAAGUGAGCUGAGUUUACAAGCUAGAGAUGAUAGUAGUGCUGGGCCUAAGCACAGGAAAAAAAUCGAGGUUUGGAACCAAAAACCAUUUCAAGUAAAUCUUCCAAAAAGACGAAUAUUAGUUCCCAAGUCACCAAAAUUACGAACUGCUGAAAGAGCGCGGGAAAGAAAAUUAUUUGAAGAAAAAUUGAAAAAAAGAGAAAAAGAUUUUGAAGAAUUUCAUAAAAUAUUAUCCGAAACUCAAAGAGAGAAGGAAAAAGAUGAAAUAGCCCGUCUACGUCAGCAAGCGACAUUCAAAGCUCGUCCGAUGCCAAAGUAUCCAGAUGUCAAAGUAUCAGUUCCAUUUAAACGUCAACUUGUCAACCCACCGAUUCCCCAAAUCACGAAACGCCCGCGUCGAAAUGAAAAUUAAUUUAACCGCCAAAAUUUUAAAUACAAAAUUCCCAAAAAAAAAAAUGAUCAUUUUUUUUUUUUAAUCAAUUUUCCACGUGACAAUAUUUAUAAGUAUUAGUAUUCGUAUAAGAAUAAAUAUAUGUAUAAUUAAUAAGAAAUCAAUAGAUAGUAAAUUAAGUACAUCAGGCAAUUGUAUUUAAUUUAAUUCAAGGUACUCUUUAUACAAUAAUCAAUAUAUCGAACAUCAUUAUAUUAUUUGUGAACAAUUAUAACAAUUAUUAUAACAUACAAUUUUUUUUUUCACAGUAUUGUUAACAAUAAAUCCUUCUUUUUUUCCGCAUGAUUAAAUACUGAUUUUUUUUUCUCACCCCCACAUUUAACACCAAUAAUUAUUUUCAUUUACUUAAUAUUAAUUAUAAAUUAAUUGUCAU